AUGACUCAAGCAAAACAACCAAACGUGUCGCGUUACGCGGAUAUUCGUGAGGAACCAAUUCACAAAUUACUUGUGCCAAUCAAAGGUUAUCAGGAUCAAUCUUUAGUAUCACUCGAAGAAGCAAUCAAACCUAUUGCUCAUUUGUUCGAUGAUCUUGCAGAACAUGUUUGGAUAGCUAAGAAAAAUUGCAAAAAUCCAACGGACAAUCUAACUCAAGACGAAUCGGCUGCCAUUCACUUGUACACAAUGGAGUUUGACGGUAACAAAAGUUUUUAUCGUCUUUUAAAUGCUACAUUACGGUCGGAAAAUCGUCAAAGUUUAAAACCAUGGUUUAGCUAUUUAAAAUUAUUUAUGACCGCUCUAUACAAACUGCCAUCUAAAGCAGAAACAGUUUAUCGUGGAAUGAAAAAUAUUGAUCUAAGCGAUCAAUAUCUAAAAGGUAAUCAGUUUGCUUGGUGGGGUGUCAGUUCAUGUACAAGAGCUGUCGACGUUUUACAAUCGGACGAAUUUCUCGGUCAAGAUGGUAAACGUACAAUGUUCAAUAUUGAAUGUUCAAAUGGAAAAUCGAUUACAUCACAUUCGUAUUUCAGUGCCAAAGAAGAAGAAGUUAUUCUCAUGCCCGGUUCCUAUUUUUAG